UUGAGACAAGGGUCUAAAAAUAAUCUUUUCAUCUAUCUUUCCUUGGAAAGCUGGGUGGCCGGUUUUGGGUGGGGAGACCUCCACGCUUGGGAGCAAUCGCAAGAUCGGGAGCAGCAGCUCCAACUUGGCGCAAGGAACCUAUUGGCAACACCGCAGCAUCCUUUCUGGUUGCAGACUUGAACCCUUUUAAGGACAAAUUGUCUGGGAGAGAACAGAAUUUGACUUCGGCGGAUUAGCUAACUUCCAUUCCUGCCUUUCUCUUUUCUCCUGCAAAGAAAUCUGGUGCAAAUUCCAUCCUCCACCAGGGUUUGCAAUUCUCAUUUGUGUGUGUGUGUGUGUGUGUUUUGUUUUUGACACAAAGACAGCUGAAAGAGGAGGUAGAAUGGGGAGCAAGCUGUAUUUUUGCACCAGGUUCUUUACAACGACUUGGUGCCUAAUGUUUUUGCUCUCCCCGUCCUGGAACUAUGCAAAGAGGCGCUGGAGAAGGCAACUGAAGGCUGCGCCACUGAAGCCGGCGGAGAAUUACGAUGAUUAUGAGGACUCCCUUCAUCCCCACAACGCACACUACCAGAAGAAUGACCGGUGUCCUCCCCCAUCGCAGACCUUACCCGAACGAGCGUGUGAAGCACCCAGCUGUCGAUCGGACUCUGAAUGCGAGAAACACAAGCGCUGUUGCUAUAAUGGAUGCAUCUACGCCUGCUUAGAAUCCGUGCCCCCGCCCCCAGUUUUAGACUGGCUGAUUCAGCCCAAGCCUCGCUGGUUGGGGGGGAAUGGCUGGCUGCUGGACGGACCGGAGGAAGUCCUACAAGCUGAAACAUGCAGCACCACUGAGGACGGAGAUGACCCCCUUCAUUGUCCAACGGGGUUCGAAUGCCACAUCAUUCACCCGGGGAAUGCCGCCGAGGGCAUCCCUAACCAGGGACAAUGCAUCAAGCUACGUGGGAACUCGGAUGGAUGGAAUCUAAGACCCAAAUACUACAAGGACUAUUUUGGGCGCAGUUCCAGCAACGUAGUGGGUUAUGUGAAGCAAACGCAGAAACACCUUGGUUAACUCAAGAAAGAUUCUUACAAAUGGCCACGUGUGAUGUCAAAGGGAAAACAGCAACAACCUUGGAUGGGCAAAGGGUUAACCAUGAUUGAAGGGAAAAUAAACCAGGAGGAGAAACAUUUCUAAUCUGUUGGUGGUGCCAGGCUGGUUUGAAUUUCUUUUCAGUGUGCCUCAUAUGAACCUCGUGCCAGGGUAAGGGGUUAGAUGGGACUUCAACCCUUAUCAUUAAAACCAGGAUGGACAACAGUGGUCUUCUCCAACAACUCUACCCUUUAAUAGUGUCGUUUUUACAAGAUGGCAAUGUAUAGUCUGGGCAUUUAAUUUGGUCUUUGGAGAAUUCAGCCAUUCUAUCCGUACUAAUAAUGAUGAUUAUUCAUCCAAAACCUCUGUAUGAAUGAGAUCUUUGGUGUGUAGCUGUUCUGACCAAGGUUUCCCAAGAGAAGGAAGCAAACUCCUUGUCCCGAUUAAAAAACCCUUUUAUUAAUUUCCAGUGAA